AUGGUAAUUGAAGAAAGGGUGGAAAUGCUUGGCUUGCGACGUGUUGGAUGGAUCUUCACAGAUUGUUGGACAGCUUAUAGUGCUGAAGAAACUGUACAUUAUACAAAGCACAAGGAUUCCUUCUUCCUAUCAGCUGAGGAUACUCGAUGGAUCGUCACUAUGGAUCCAAAAUUGGCUUAUGUUCGAGAAACACCAUUAUCCGAAGAAAAUUAUAUAACUGAUGUUCAAUUUUCGAUGAAAAAUGAGUAUGGAGCCGAGGUUAUGAAGCACGGACGACCACUUCCAGUUGAAUAUUUGCUGGUGGAUGUUCCUGCCGGAAUGCCAAAAGAGCCUCACUACACGUUCCACGUUGGCACAUCUAAUAAAUCGAAGAGUGCCAAAUUUAAUGUUGAAAAUCGACAAGCAAUUGGACAACUUCAAGGAUGUGCAAAUUUGAUUCAAUACUCAUCCGAA